CUGCUGAACGCUGUAACCGGUGGGUGGCACCAACCAGCAUCCAGAAUAGGCAGCGAUCCCGACAUUCAGAUGAUCAAGCAGGCUGCAAUGUUGAUCACCGUGGCGCUGCUGUCGAGGGUGGUGUCACGGAACAGCAGUGUUCCACUGUGCCGUUUACAAGACGAACUUCUUCCAGAGAUGCAAUUCCAGAGGGUAUCCUGCAGCCGAUGUUAUAAAUACAUGCAUGAAUCCAACUUCAAGCCUGGCCUGAAGGCAAAGGUAGCCGAAAACAUGGGCCUCACUAUUGGCAACAUUACGGUGGAGGCCAACAUAAUGCCCUCAAAUCCGCUGAUACACACGUUUGUUAGUGACCAUGCGGCAGAGAAAUGGAGGAAAUGUUGCAUCAAGGCUGCUGAAUGCUGCAGAGAAAUGAUAGAAGUUGGUGGCAUUACUAAUGAGAGUGACUGGUGUCCCGGUACAUGGGACGGCUGGCUGUGCUGGCCAGACACGCCGCCUCACACCUCCCAACAACAGCCAUGUCCCACAUUCAUUCGGUUCGGAACAACAGAUGACAACUGUCAAUUGACUGUAAGAAAGUCUUGUGAAAGAGACGGACGGUGGCGUGGUCAUCCCAGGAACCAAAAUAUCCAGUGGACCGACUACUCCUCUUGCAGUGUUCACAGCCUCAUGGAGCGCAGGCUGUACAUGGGAGUUGCUGCAUAUGCUAUCACGGCAAUUGCUCUCUUGCCUGCGCUUGUCAUAUUUCACUUAUACAGACAGUUGCAUGGACACAGAAUAGCACUUCAUAAGAAUCUGUUCACCUCUUUGCUGUUUAAUGCUGUUUUUGAAAUAUGGUUCAAAACUGGUGUCCUUCUGACUGCAUAUGAUGAUACUGACAGUGGAAAGGAAUCAGUUCUAAAGCAGAAUGGUCCCUACUGUAAGCUAAUACUGCUGCUCACUAAGUACUUCCGUCUCACAAACUAUAUAUGGAUGUUCUGUGAAGGAUUCUACCUGCAUCGACUCAUUUCUACUGCUUUUGCUGAGGAAAGAAGUCUUAUAUUAUUUUAUGUGAUUGGAUGGGGAUUUCCACUCUUGCCAGUGCUUGUCUAUGCUCUGCUGAGGAAGUUUUAUUCUGACGAAGAUUGCUGGGCCUUACCGACAGAUCCUAGCGAAUGGGUUUUGAAUGUUCCCAGUUUGCUUAGCCUUCUAGUGAACAUGGUAUUCCUGGUGAAUAUAAUUCGGGUGCUGGUCAUCAAACUAAGAGCACCACACCAUCAUGAACCUAGUCAGUACAGAAAAGCAGUGAAGGCCACACUGGUGUUGGUGCCUCUGUUUGGGCUACACUUUGGCAUCACAAUGUACAGACCACAGUCAGGCAUCUGUCAGUGGCAAGAACUAUAUAUCUAUCUGGACAUUUUGCUUGAUGGUCUACAGGGAGCAGCAGUAGCACUCAUAUUCUGCUAUGUCAAUGGAGAGGUUCAUUCACUGAUGCGGCGGUCCUAUCGAAACUUCUUAGAGCUGAGGAAUCCUAGCUUGAGUGCAGGAAUGUAACCUGACUUAAUUUGAGGACCAUCUGUAUUCCAACAACUAAGCUAAGAUGUUGUGAGGUGGCUUUAGCACUAAGAAAAUACACGUACAUUCAUUUGAAUAUCAACUGGAGCCUUAAGCAGUAAACGUGUUAACAUAAUGCAUGCACACCAUUAUUGCUUACAACCUCCAAUAUCCAAAUCAACAAUCAGUAAACAGCUCUGUCAGCAUGGAAACAUAAACACCAUGAUUAAUGUGUAAUUGCUCAUAAAUGCAUGUUUGGCUAUGCUCCAUUCACAUUUAGUCCACAUAUUUAUUUAAAACUAUUAAGGUGAUAACCUGUCAAAAUGUAAGAUUUGAAGUUUUCAGGGUGAUUAAAUGUACUAAAAUCAUCUUGGAUGAUCUGACAAACUGGUAUAAAUAUCAGUGACAUAUGAUCACUCAUCACAUCAACCCAGAUGAUGAAGACCAAGAUCUCUGAAACGUUGGUUUUUAAUUCAAUACUGACAUGGCUGGCCAUCUUAGAAGAUCAUAGCAAACCUGCAUGUUUAUGGGAACAGUAAAACUGUAUUAAUUUACACACAGCCAACCCUUUUUAACUUUUCCAUCUACCUGCCAUGCUGCAUGUCAUAUUAUGGUUCUGUACAUAUUUUAACCCUUCCAUGUUGGUCACUCAGAAAUAUGACUGAUUUCUUUGUACCAGACUAUACAGAUGACAAUCUUUACACCCAUCUUGUAUGUAUGGGCUAAACACUCAUUCUGCUUAAGAUUGUGGUCAUCUGAGUUAUGACACUAAGUAGUUUUGUGUGUCAUAACUCAAGAGGUCACAAACUUAAUUUUACCACUGUGAAAACCUCAGAUCUCACAAUUUUUUUUAUAGAUAAAUUAAUUCUCAGAGCCAGGUGCAGGUUACCCAUCUACUAAUGGCAUGGUAGCAAUAGCAGGAAUGUCCAAGAACAUAAAUUUCAUUUCAUACAUGGAACUUUAUACUGUUUUGUGAACAUUUGUUCUUAGGUAGUUUGGCCUUGUGUCUGUGAUAACAUUACAUACUGUCUUUCUCCAGAUUUCUAAGCAUCUAAGUGUACAAUGCUGUGUAACAGAAAAUAUAAACAAGUUCUUGUGUUAAUCAAUAAAAUUGUGUGAUAGGCUCGAAACAGAAGUAAUCAAAUGAGAAAAUGCUGAGUACAAAAAUAAGUUUCAGACUUGAUAGACAAUGGUGUUCACUUACAAAUAAAGAAAGGCAGAAUUUGAAACUUUGAUAGAAACAGGAAUAUGACCCCUAACACUUGGAAAGAGAGCUUCAGCAACAAUAGAAAAUAAAACUAUGCACAG